CACGAACUGUCAGUGAGCUGUCUUCGGCUUUGUUAUACGUGUCGUACUACGUACUUUCACAUUCGUUUUGUUAUUUUCGCUCUAACCACAGUGUUAAAACGCUACAAAAACCUAUAAAAUGGCCCCACCACAGAGAAUGCGCGUCGCCAACGAAAAGGCCAGCAAGUAUGUGACAAUGCGUGGCAAUGUACCCAAAUCCUCGAAAACGAAAGAGGGACAAUACCCGGUUGGUCCCUGGCUUUUGGCAUUAUUUAUCUUUGUCGUGUGCGGAUCAGCAAUUUUCCAAAUUAUUCAGUCCAUUCGAGCUGCGUAAACCUGUACAGAUAUAAAUACAAAAUUUUAUAAUAUUAUGCUAAGCUCAGAACACACACAACCACUCUGACGUCUUCUUUCAAAAACUUUCGUAGUAGAACCUUCCCGACAUUAUGUGCAACGUCUGUAGAGAUAAAGCUCGAACGACAACCAGGCUUUUUAGUUAACUCAAUUUUUAAUGAAAAAUGUAUUUCUAUGUGCAUGCAAAAUUUAAGUUCAUAUUUUGUAUACUUUAUAUAUAAUUAAGCGUUAAACCCGAACUGUCUGUAAAAGCAUUCCCGCACACCUAUACAUUUCUUAUAUACAUAUAUGCUGAUUGUGCUAAAGUGGAAUGAACAAGUUGCAAAAACAUUAUUUUAAAAUGCUUUUGCAGCUAUUUAAAUAGUUCAAGUUUAAAUGUUGUUUUCGGCAACGAGGACGAUUAGAAGAAAAUAACUAUGAGUAAAUACAAUUAUGAAUA